AUGAUUCAAAACAGCCAAGAGAAAAUAAAAAAGAACUGUAAAGUUACUAGUAAACAGUGUUUAGCUGAAUCCACCGAAAAGCCUCCUCCCAAGUCAAGAAUUUUGCCUGGCGUCAUGAAAGCAAGACGUUCAAUUAUGUUCAAUGACGUUGAUAGAAGCCAAAAGGUACAAUAAGUUACGUUUCCGUGUGUUUCAGUCGUGGAACAUUAUAUGUCAGUAGAUGCCGAACUUUAUUUAAAUGAGCUCACACAAAGACGUCAAAUUAUUUAAUUUGCAUUUAAUAGUUCAGCCAAUAAAAAGUUUGACAUCUAAAACACACAUUACUUUUACUGUCGUUUAAUACUUUAAUUGUGCCUUUUAAUACCUAAAUGUGAUACUUCAAAACGUGUGGGUUCCCAUGUAUGCUGAUUAAUGCUUGAUGCAUCAGGGUUUAUACAGUAUAAAACGUGGGAACAUGGCCCCUACUCCCUAGCUUUUGCUGUGAGGAACUAUUAAAAAUAUAGCCUAUAAUUGCUGCCGAGCGAAGCGAUGGCAGCUACCUAUUCUUGACAACCGUUUACAGUUUUUACUUGUGCCAGAUCCCUGUGCAACUUAUGUAUUUUAGCCAAAGCAUUUGAGAUUUGUUUGUCGUUCGUUCGUUCGAUCAUUCUGGUCGCAUUUUGUGAUGUCACAGAAUUUGAAUGACGUUGUGUACAAAUUUAUAUACGCAGGAAGUUUACGAUGACAAUCCGAUUAAUGAAUUAACAAAAUUUUUUUCUAGGCCUGCAUGGCGGCAUCUGAGACCAUAAUAUUAGUAAUUUUACAAAUUUAGUAGUAAGAAUAAUCAAAUAUGAAAAUAUCAAAUCAAAAUAUAUAUCAUUUGCAGGGGUGCAAAAACUUUGGGGGGGGGGUGGUGCCAAAUGCCUCUGGGUGGUGCACAGCAUUUCUGGGGGUGUGCACCUCCCCCCCAGAAAAUUUGUGCCUGAUGCAAUUAAAUAAAAAACAUUCAUUUUUCUUGCAGUUGAUUGAAAGACUGAAUAAAUAUGGUAUUUGUCUAGUAUCAGGAAGAAAGUAUGAAAUAAUGGACAAAAUAGGAAAACACCAUUUGGAAAAAGCUAUUGAGCUUGUAAAAGAAAAAAAGAGCUUUGUAAUUGUCCUUGACAAUAUUGACUGGACACAGAAAGUCUAUGAUGCACAGAAAGAAAACCAAAACAAAAGUGUCCAUGCAGUUUCAUCCUGUUUGGUAUUUGAUUGUGUGUCCAGUUCUCAUUUGCCAGAUAACCUUCCUCAAAUAAGUAAUGAUGAAGAAAAGACUAAGCUAGCUAUUCAAUUAACUGAGGAGGAGAUAACUGAAACAACAAGACGGUAUCAGACUUUUGUUGCAAGAAUACUCUUAGGAGUUUUUUCCCUUUCUAAAGCCUUUUGGAAAGUUUAUUGA